GUAGGACCCAAAACAGUCAGUCACAACAUAGGUUAUGUUUUGUGAACUGUAGAGGUGGGCGAAAUGGAUUCAAAGUUUAAUAAUUGUCAAAAUAAUUAAUUUUGACAACAACAAACCACAGUUCUUAUGCUAAGAAAUGUAUUGAUAUUGAUGCUCUCAUUGAACAGUGAGGGGGUAAAGUAAAAUAAACAAUCCUGACAAUAUGGACUGUUUUGGGGAUUUUUUUAAAACAUUAAUUGGACUUUAUGGUCAACAAUAAAUUUCUUAUCAUUUAUUUGUCAUGAUAAAUGAUAAGCAGUACAUGCCCAACUCUAAUGAACUGUAGGUAGACAUUCAACUCAAUUCAAAAGUAUUUUCUUUAUCUAAAUUGAAUUUUGUAACUGGUAUAAUCCAAGUUUUGUGAAAGAGCUGUUGUAGGUGAUGAUGGCUGAUCUGGUGUUGGAUGUAGUUGUGUGUACUGGGGAGGAGGGCAGUAUAUCACAACACACUUUUGCAUUACUGUGCAAGAGUGUGCCAUGUUAAUUUGGUAAUGGUCCAAGUUAUCUCAAUGUCGACCAACAAUAUCAAGAACUUUGUUAUUAUCAUGCAACCCCAGCUGUUGUGGUUGUGGAUGGUUCUCACAUGCAGUACUGAUGUUUUUGGUCCUUAGUGAACAUUAUGUGUUAUUUCUUUAAAGUUUAUUCAGCUCGUUUUCCGUGGUUGCAACUCACAUACUCUGCCGCUCUAACCACAAUAUUUCGUUACCGCUGUGCAUCUAUAAAGGGUUUAUUGCCAGAGAGCAUCAGUGUAAACCAGAAGUAAUAUUUUCUUUAACCUUUUUGGGCUGAGUUUGCAUUGCAAAAGCUCUACAUAAGACACACAAAGCCACUAUUCUGAAAAGCAGAAACAUUAAAACUGACCGCUUUAGGCGAGUACAUAACAAUUAGCGUAAAAAGUCAAAAACAACCAACAUCCAAAUAAUUCACUAUGAUAAUGUCUGAUGGGGUUUUUUUUCGCUAAGUGCGUUCAUUUUAAAGGUAGGUGUUGUUUCGCCAUAUUUUCUCCCUCACGUUGCUAGGAGACGCUCCAAACAAAAAGCGCUUCCUUGGCAACCUACACCAUUUGUAAAGUGAAGAUAAAGUGAAACGUUUUGAAGUCGUUUUUUUUCAUAAUGGCUCUACCACUUAUGCCCGGAAACUCACCCAAUGCCCAGGUAAGAGUCCAGAGAAGCACUUAGCUAACAGCAUAGCUUAUGGUAGGUUUUUUUUCUAAAGCUGCGUCGCGUUACGGUCUCAGUAUGUUGAAGCGGCGUUGCUACGUUGGAUCUUAUUUGUUCCUUUUGUAGAUUUGAGUUCACAAUAGUUCCGGUUGAUUCGUUGCGCGUGUGGAUGGCUGUUCCCUCUGGUUAUGGAUGCGGUGUAAAGUAAGAGCAGGAAUGAUUUCUGCUCUUACUGUUAACCUUUAGGACAGUUGUUAAGGAGUAACUGUGGCAACUGUUCAGGUCAAAUACCUUUAUUUAUCCCCGAGGGAAAAUCCUUUCAUAUUAUGGGCCCAGUUGCGUCACUCUGCUGCAGCGAACCAUUUCUAUUGUCUCCAGUAUUGUCACCAUCCACCACCACUCUUUGAAGAUGCUUAAAUGAUCUAGGGAAGGAGAGAUUUCACAAAUCCCAGCAUUUCAUGGUUUACAGUGGAAGGAUGACGGUGGACCUGGAGAAGCCGGGUAUCGGAGGAGAGCCUUUAAUCGGCCAGAAGAAUCCACCAAAAUAUUCUGUCUAUCCCAAAGGAGAGGGCAGUGACCUGCCUUCCUGGGUUGCUUUUGACAAACAGACUCUUUGUUUUGAAGCUUACUUCAAGGAAACUGAAUUUGAUGCAAAGGUCGAGACACACAGAAUCAGAAAGUGUAAGAUCUUCUUCUACUUGGAGGAUGACACCAUCCAGGUGAUAGAGCUGAGAUUCAAGAACAGCGGCCUCCCUCAAGGAACGCUCAUCCAUCGGCACCGCAUCCCUCUGCCUCCGCCCAACGACGACCAGUUCUACAACGUUUUCCAUUUCAACAUCAACAAAGACAUAGUGUUUUACUCUCGCACGUUCACAGUGACCAACUGUGACUUGUUCACAAAGAACUUCCUCUCUAAACUGGGUCUGUGGCUGAACGAGCCAGCCACGGUGCCGGAGGACCCUUACACCAACCUCCGCCAGCAGCACGAGGCGAGCAUGAAUCCUCUUCGUCCGUACGAAAGACUGCACCCGCUCAAGCAGUUCCUGGAGAAUGACGGUAAAACUCUGCGCUUCUACUGCCUCUGGGACGACACGGACAACUUGUUUGGAGAUCAGCGGGAACUCGUGCUUCACUACUACCUGGCUGAUGACACCGUUGAGAUUAUUGAGGUGAUCCCGCCAAACUCCGGAAGAGUGCACGUCUCCAAAUUCUUACGCCGCUGCAAACUACCUAAGAACGCUCCAGUGCAGAUGAAGCCCCCUGGAGCGGUCACAACCCGGACCGUCCUCAACGUGUUUGGCUCCAUGAAUGAAGGAAAGCACAUCGUACUGGACAGCUGUGACAUUAGAGCUGCCACUGAUGAGUUCUACAAAGACUCCGACCUGGCUAUAGGCAAAGAAAUAAACGUCUGGGGAAGACGAGUUCUCCUCACCGACUGUGAUGAAUUCACCAAAGCGUACUACCGCUUCAAAUACGGCAGAGAGGAUUUCACCCCAGUCCAACACAAAGCUCCUCCAGCCCCCAAACCGCCGAAGCCAGUGCCCCCCUACAAUGGCUUUGGCUCCGAGGAGGACUCGUUGGGCAACUGCCAAGGCCUGCUGCCCAAACCCGUCCACAAGGACUUCAAAAAAUUCAUGGAGAAAGACAGCAGUGGCCUGAACAGUAAUGUGCUGAGUUUCAAGGCCAGGAUGAUCACCACGGAUCCAGUGCACAGAGAGCGGGUGUUCCUCAUUCGCUACUACCUGUCUGAUGACUCCAUAAGUGUGUUUGAACAGGAGCAGCAGAACUCAGGUAUAAUUGGAGGAAAGUUCCUGGAGCGCCAGCGGGUUAAGAAACCGGGCCAGGAGCUGUUCAAGAGCGAGCCGUCUGAAUACUUCAUGGCACAGGAUCUGUAUGUCGGAGGGACCAUCUGCAUGAACGGAGUGCGCUUCCGGCUUGUGGACGCCGACGAUUACACACUCGGCUACAUGGAGCUGCAUUCAGACGAGUUCCCCAUAACCAACAUAGGCACCAUCUUCAGCAAACUGCGUUCCAUUUCCGAGGACAAACAGAAUGAGGUCAGGACGUUCCUGUCCAACAAUACCCCCAUCAACAGUGGCUUCGUCCACUUUGAGUCCUUCAGAGACUUAGUGAUGGGCCUGAACUGCGGCCUGACGGAGCAUGAGGCUCUGGCCCUGGCCCGGCGCUACUCGGACCACCCGGUGCCUAAAGAGGACGUGGCGGUGAUGCUUUCUGUGGCGCAGCACUACCUGAGGAGGAAACAGUUUGAGGACUACAAUCUCCUUUCAGCCAGAUUUGUGCACAGCGACAGGCAAAAAUCGGGACGUCUGCCAGCCGAAGAGGUGAGGAACAUCUGUAAAGCCUUCAUGCUUCCCAUCCCCGAGAGCCUGCAGGAUGCCCUCUUAACAGAGUAUACAGAUGGAGGCGGGAUCGACUACCACGCCUUUGUCGCUGGAUUAAACUGGCUAGAGCACCCGGCGCCGGCAGUGAUGGCCGACGACAUUUUAAAGUAUGAGGUCAACGCCAGGUUUGAUGUUGGUCGAUCUGCUCUGAAAAACAUCAACUGCUCCAAACUUGUGAAGGAAAUAUUCAGCUUUUCGCCCAACAGAGGUGAAGCAGAAGCCGCUGCCUCAACGUAGAUGCUUGGAGGGGAGGAAGUGGACUCUCAGACCAGCAGCCUGGAAUCAGCCAUUGUCUGCUGAUUAAAGAAUGUCACUUAUUCAGUUUCUCUGUUUUCAUCGUGCAUCUUGCUAAGGCACAGAGGAUGGGAGAAGUGUGAACACUGAAUGUUUGUUCUUUUGUGUGUUAGCUGUCUGGCAGGAAAAGGCCGUUGGUUCAGCACACUCCACUUAGCUGGAAAAUUGGUGCUUCAGGGAAGAAACCUGCUCAGAAACCAGAUGCUUUUGAUGUCCCCCCCCCUGUGUUACAAAUGAUAGUGUAAAUUCAAACAGCUGGUCUGAACAAUGUAGUCGUACCUUACAAAAGUAUUCAAAUCCACAGUGUUUGCGCAUCCUUAGCCUUAAAUUGAUUUAUGUGGAAGUAAGGCCUUAAAUUCUUUUUAGAGUGAGUUGGGUUAAUCACGGGUCUUACAUUUUGUCGUAGCUGAUCUAUUUAAUCUUGUAUCUAGGUUUGUUAAAGAGUCUUAAAUUUGACCUGCUAAAACCUGCCGUUGGAUCUUUUUCACAUUUUGUCACUUUUGUUGGUUUUGGGGAUUCAAAUGUGUGCAGAAUGUGAAGUAGAAGGAAAAUGAUUCACGGCUUUUAAAUGAUUAGUAAAAAUCUGAAUCAGGUCAGUUGCAGGUCCUUUCAGGUAUGACGCAACCAGCUUUGUGUAUAUUUAGACUGAUGUUUUUGGUUUGCAAAAUACCUCAAGCUCAGUCAGAUGGAGAGCCUCUGUGAAAAGACAUUUUCAACUCAAGCCUCACAUUAUCCAUUUUAUUUAGGUCUGGACUUUGGUAAUUUAUGAAGCAUCAAUAUGCUUUGUUAAUAAAUUAUAAGGUCACUUUACAAAUAAGGUAAAAUUGUAUGUAUCUAGAAGGGAAUCACAAUGAAUAGGCAGUUUAGAACAGAUGGGUUUUAAGUCUGAAUCUAAACGGGAAGAGUGUUGAUGUUCUGACAUUUGAUUUGAUUUUUUACUUUUAUUUUUGUUUUUGAUGUUCUGGUGGUAACAAAGGAGUUUUUAGGCUACAGAUUGGAUUACUCUUUGCCAGCCACAUACCACAUCAAAACUAAGGCUUUAAAAAGGCCCAACAACCUGAUGAAGAAGAAUGUCUCUAUUCUGGGGACGACUGUGGAACCUCUAGAUAUGACAAAACAAAGAAAGAUUUUACAUAAAAUCAAGCAAAUUACGGACAACCCUGAGCAUCCUCUUCAUAAGACUAUCAUGGAAAAACAGUGUCUUCAGUCAAAGGCUUCUUCAGUCAGAAGACCACAGCCAUUACCAUUACUAUCUACAACAACUCUAUGAGGAAUCUUGAAUGACUUGAGCUACAACACCAUGCAAUUUCCCUUUGGGAUCAGUAAAGUACUUUUGAAUUGAA